UGUUCACAUUCCAAGUCAAAGCUCUAUCUGUCCCACUCCUACACCCUCUCUCUAUAUAUUCCCUAUAUAUACACACACACAUCCAACUUCCUAUCUAACUUCUUGUAACUUUCUCAAUUCGUCGGCUUGACUUUUCAUCACAUCUUGUUUUUCUAUCAUCAAAACCACAAGAAAUUUCAAUCAUUACCAAGAAAAAUACUUCAGAAAGCUUUCCAUCUUGAUCUCCAACAUGAAGUAUGGUGAAACCAUCGUGUAUGAUCUUGUUCUUGCUCUUCUUUCAUUAGCAAUCAUCUUGUUCAUCAUCUUAUUCGUCCUCAUCAUAUUGAAGAAGAAGAGGAAGAACACGAAUUCAAAUGCGACCGUCUACGAUCAAAAAUCCGAUCAAGAAAGCCCGUCCAUAAAGCCUUGUGCAUCACCCUAUAGUUUGGUGGAUAUCGAUGUUGCAACCGACGGAUUUAACGAAAGAAGAAUCAUUGGAAAAGGGCGGUUAGGGACCGUUUAUGCAGCCGUGUUGGCCGGAGGGGAACUAGUCGCGGUUAAACGAAUUUACCCGCGUUUCGUUUUAAGAAACGCUGGUUUAGUGGGAGGGUUAGGGUUUUCCUCCGUACUAAAGUGGUUAUCUUUAGCUAAUCACCCUAAUGUGUUACCCAUAUUAGGGUUUUCGGAGGGUCCCGGGGAAAGAAUUGUGGUAAUGGAGUUUAUGGGCAUGAUGAGUUUGGACUUCUACCUACACCAAAACCUCGAUGGCGCAUCGUUAUUGGAUUGGGGCCGACGGUUGAGGGUCGCGGCGGGUGUGGCUCGAGGGUUAGAGUACUUGCAUGAAAUGGUGGCACCACCUAUUGUGCAUGGUUGUGUGAAGCCUUCAAAUAUUUUAAUAGAUGUGAAGUUUAGUGCCAAAGUUUGUGAUUAUGGUCUAUCUUUUUUAGCACCUGAUGAGAAAGAAGGGGUCAUGGGCUAUGUUGAUAGAGAAUAUUGGGUUGAACCAAAAGGUGGUUCUAAAGAAAGUGAUGUGUAUGGUUUAGGGGUGGUUUUGUUGGAGUUGUUGAGUGGUAGGAGAUGUGAAGGGGGGUUGAUUGUGAAGUGGAGUUUGCCAUUGAUUAAAGAAAUGAAAAUUGAUGAGCUUUUGGACCCAAGGUUAAUGGUGCCUACUGAUAUUAAGCCUCUUGUUAGAUUGGCUAAAGUGGCUAGUGCUUGUGUGAGUAACUCUAGGAAGAACCGGCCUUUGAUUGGUCAAGUUGUGGCUAUUUUGAAUGACUUACAAGAUGAAGUAAUGCUUUGGAGUAACGGUUCGUUUUAGAAAAAUAGUUAUCCUUUUUUACGUCAUAUCAGAGGACUUUCAGUGACGCAAAGAUUUGUCAACAAUCAUUCGAUGAAAGCAGAAUCUUUCAGUAAUUCAUCGCUCAGUGUCCGUGGAUGAUUUUUUCGCCGUCGAAGUUGCUUUAUUCUUGAAUCUUUGUGUGUAUAAUUGUAUAAAUAUGGAUUUUAAUGUUAUAAGACAGUUGAUUUAUCAUCCAUAUGUUUUGCACAAAAGUGAUGAAAAAAGAAAGAUAUGGGUUGGUUUAA